ACUAAAGAAUUAAUCCAAUCAUAAAAAGUUUAGCCUCGUUCUAAUGUCUAAAAUUCUUGUAUUAACACAUCCACGCCAGAUCAUACUUCCUUCCGAUGAAGCUGCAACUCGUUCUGCCAUUUGUUAUAUGGCUCGAAGUAGAUUAUCAUUUCUAGUUGAUCGUAUUUUAAAUGCUGAUUCAUGUUCUCCUGAUCACUUACUUCCUGUUACUAUUGUUAAUGGUUCUACUGUAACUGGUUACACUUCUUUGUGUUUACGGUUGAGUAUUUUGAAAGCCAAUAAAGAUAUUAACUUUAGUAAUUCUAAACUUACUUCACGAAGUUUACGGCAUACUUACUUAUUUUGGAUUUCUGAUACAUUACGUAAUGUAAUGCUUUAUUUCACUUGGUUUCAUGAAUCUACCUAUAAUAAUUUCACUUAUAAACGUCUUAAAUCUUCUACACCUCCAUUAUUAACUAGUUUUAUUGCUAAACGAAAACGUCAACAAUAUGUGAAUUUUUUAAAAUCUAUUGGUUGGAAUAAAAUGAACACAAAUGAUAUUUUACAAGAUAUGGAAGCACUUUGUGGUAGUAUUGUUGAAUUACUCGGUAAUGGUCCAUUUUUAUUAGGACGUGAUAAACCUGGAAAGAUUGAUGCACUUUUAUAUGGACAUUGGACUGUAUUUUAUGAGUUUGCUGAAUGUUUCAGUUUAUUACUGCCUAUACUAGAUAAAUAUUCAACUAUUAAUGAUCUUAUUAAACGUGUUGCUGAAUUAUGUAAUCAACCAUGUAGUUUUGAUUGAAAAAAAUAUUGUUAUAAACUAAUUUUUUUUUUGGGGGGGGGGUGUUCAAUACUCUUCUCAUUGUACAUAAUAUCAAUUUAGCAAGAAUGUUAUUGUAUCUAUUUUUUAGAAAUACAAAUUUUCAUUCAAAAUAUUCUGCUUGUCUUUCUUCUUCAAGUAUUGUUUAUUAAUGUGAAAAAUAUGCAUGAAUUUAUAUGUUGUUUCUAUUGUUAAACUUAUUUACUGCUAAAUUUUCGAUUUGCU